AUGGCGGACGGCUACUAUCUCCACAAGUUCAUCCGCCGCCUCGCUGGCUGGGCCGUAAUCUCUUUCUUCACCGAGGUCCAUGUCAUCGGCGGCGAGCAUGUCCCCAAGGAUGGCCCUAUCAUCGUAACCGCGACCCACCACAACAUGAUGCUCGACCCGGCCGUGCUUUCGAGCGCGUUCCCUUAUCAGCGCGUCCUCCACUAUUGGGCCAAAGCGUCCCUGUUCGCCCACCCGGCGGUGAAGGCCAUCCUCACCUCGGCCGGGAACAUCGCGGUCGACCGCAAGGCGGCGGACAAGCGCAAGCUCUUCCGCGGCACGUUCGAGGCCCUCGCCCACGGCGAGGCCGUCGCGCUCUUCCCGGAGGGCACCAGCUACACCGAGCCGCAGAUCAUGCAGGUCAAGGACGGCGCGGCGUGGGCCGCGCUCGAGUUCAUGAAGUGGGCGAGGGAGCAGCCCGGGCGUACGAGCGCGGGCGCGCAGAGCGUGGUGAUCGUCCCCGCCGCGAUCGUGUACACGAACAAGUCCAAGUACCGGAGCCAGGUCAUCUUGGAAUUUGGCCAGCCGCUCAAAGCCGAAGACUUCAUGGACCAGUUCAUGUCCGACGAAGAGGGUGCCCCACGGGCGACAGUGAAGCGUUUGACUGCGGCCAUCGAAAGGGAGCUCGUGCAAGCGACCAUUAACGCACCCGACUGGGACACAUUGUAUUCCGCUCGGAUGGCACGGGACCUUCUGUGGCCCGGAGACCGGUCCAUUAACUUGGACGAGUUCGUGCCCAUCUCGCAAACCCUCGUUGACCUCUUCUCGACACCUGACCUGGUUCCCAACAUCAACGCUAUCAAGCGCCAUCUGCUCACCUACUACUCCCUCCUGGAGUCGACGCACCUGACGAAUGCCACGCUGGCCUCACUGCCGCUCCCUGCCACCCUCGAUCCUCGACAGCCUGUGCCUCUUCCCAGCCGGCUGCUGACGCUGAGCAUCCUCGUGCGGGACUCCAUCGCCCUCGUCGUCCAUCUUCCCUUUGCGAUCCUUCCCCUUGUCCUGCACGCACCGGCGUACAUGAUGGCCCGGUAUGGAGCGCGCCUGGCCGAAGAGGAAGAGGAAACGCAGGCUCAAAUGAAGGUCGUCUUCGGCCUGCUCCUGCUGCUAAUCAUGUACCCGGUCGCCUUCUUCGUCGUCUGGGCGUUCCUCUGGUACUCCCCAAUCGGCGCGCUCAUCGCAGGCAGUUUCGUUUACGUCUUCGCCAUGUACCACAACCGCCUCAUCAACAACAGCUACGGCCGCGCGAAGCGCCUCGUCGCCGCCUGGCGCGUCCUCGUCGGCGUGUGGGCCCCGCGCCGGUGGGACGUCUCCCUCACCGCGCUCGCGCAGUACACCACGCCCCGGAUCCCGCCCGAGAACCCGUGGGUGGACCGGACGAAGGCCAAGGCCCGGCUCACGCCCUCCGCCUCCUCGACGUCGCUCUCCGCCUCCGCUGCCGCCGCCUCCACACCGUCCCCGUCGCUGACUGCCCCCUCUUCCCCCGCCCCCACCACCACCGCUACGAGCCCGAGCCCGGGCCCCGCACCGACGAAGCGCCGCCGCCCGCCCUCGCGCCGCCUCGUCCGGCACGUCCUCCACGCGCGCGUCGAGGCCGCCAAGGCGCUCGCCGCGCUCUUCGCGCAGCUCGCCCGCGCCCCCGCGGACGCCCGCGUGCGCGCCGCGCCGCACCUCGCGCGCGCGCACGGCGGCGGCGUCGUCGACGAGCCGCACGGGGACGGGGACGAGCCGCACGGGUGGCGGCACGCGCGCGAGGUGGUCGCGUUCCUGCGCGCGCGCGGCGCGCAGGUCCGCGCGCUCGAGAGCCCCGCCGAGGUCGACUGGGCGGCGGCGGCGGCGGUCGGCAGCGACGCGGAGGGAUGGGAGACCGAGACCGCCGGGCACUAG